ACUUGUUCUCUACUUUCUCAGAUAGGCACAGACACUUCGCCACGCAGAUCUGCUGCUAUGGAACUCGCCAAAUCACUGCACAUCUUUCUGUUCCUCCUGCUGUCUUUUGUGUCAGCGCACCGUAACCGGAUCAUUGGAGGCGAGGAGUGCCCUGACAAUAAUCACUCCUGGCUCGCUCUGCUCUAUGACUCUGACAAGCUUCUGUGCUCCGGAAUGUUGAUCAGCCCCGACUGGGUGCUCACGGCUGCUCACUGCUACAUAUGCGGAAACAUCCAGGUAAGGCUCGGAGCACACAACAAAGAUGACUAUGAGCAGUUAAGAGUCAGCACGUUGAAGAAAUGCCCCGGUGACAAUUGCUCGUGCUUUACCGACGACAUCAUGCUGAUCAAACUGAACAGCUCUGCUGACAUGACUAAGCGUGUGUCUACCAUUGACUUACCCUCCAGCUGCUCCCCGGUGGGAACAGAUUGCACUGUGAUGGGCUGGGGCACAACCACCACUCCUGAAGAGACGUAUCCCAACGUUCCUUAUUGUGUUAACAUUACGAUAUUCGACAACCGUGUGUGUGAGGCUGCUUACCCGUGGGAAGUGACCGACAACAUGUUUUGUGCAGGAUACUUUGACGGAGGCAAAGAUUCAUGCCGGGGUGAUUCUGGGGGACCCCUUCUCUGUGAUGGUGGAGGCCUCCAAGGCGUGGUCUCUUUGGGGGGCUUCCCUUGCGCUCAGCCUGGUGACCCUGGCAUCUACAUCAAGAUCUGCAAAUUCCUUGACUGGAUCCGUACUACUAUAGAGGAGAAGACAUUUAAGUCUGGUGCCUGUGAGGAUGGAAUAUACCAGUAGAAACCUCUUAAGCAACAUGAGGGGGAAUAACUUAGCUGCAACUGCCUCCUUUCCGCCAUGUCUUAAGACUGCAGACCUAGGCAUAUUUUAUCCUGGGAGUAAGACUCAUUGAACACGGUGGUACUUACUUUGAAGUAAACAUGGAGAGGAUGGUGCUGUGCAACACCAUGCCCCACCUUGCAAUCCUGAUCUGGUACACAUUUACUUAACAGUAAGUCACACUAAUCCGAAUGAGACCUGUUCCCAGGAGAAUGAGCAUAGGUUGGUGGUCCUAUUGUUGUGAUGCAUGAAUUAUUCCCUCCCACAGUGCUAAAAUAUUGAAUCUUCCGAUUACGUAACAACCAUGGUUUCCGUGCAAACUUCUUGCUCUGAAAGCUAACACCUGAAAA